GAGAUGACUAACAAAAGUUCUUUUCUUAUGACUCACCAACAAGCUGACUGCUUCAACAGUUUUUCUGCCUCUAGCUGAUGGUCAUUCUAGAGCCAACCUGUGCUGAAGAGAAUAAGGAACAGUUUGUUCUGUAUCGCUGCACACUGAAAACUUGUUUUUUCUACAGACAGAAGGGAAAAAGGAAAUCUGUUGUGUGAAAGUCUGGUCACUAACUCUCAUCAGGAAGCAGCAACAUGUCUUCUCAACUCUUCCAGAUUUCUUUUGUGAUUCUCUCUGUGCUUUUGAUGACUUUCAUAUUCCCAGAUGGUUCAAGUGGAAACAAACUCCGCAAGAUAAUGCAAAAAAGAAGCGCUGAAGAGAGAGCAACUCUUUCAGUGCCUGAAUCCAAGGCCAAAGAGUUUUUGAAUGAUCUGAAGCGUCCAAAACGUCAAUUGUGGGACAGAUCCCGUGAGGACGUCCAACAGUGGUACCAACAGUUUAUUAACAUGGGAUUCAAUGAAAAGAGAUUUGAAGAUGACAUUGAAUAUUGGAUGAAUGUACAACGCAGCGGUGGUCACGAUCAAUCUCGCUAUUACCACCACUAUGAUGAGAAUGCUCCAAUGGGUCCACACUAUUCUCGGAGCAUGCGCUAUGGUGCUGAUGUUAACUACGACGAUUAUUAAAGCAACCUGUUAGAAUCUAUCAGUACAGCUCCUCAUCUGUCAGCACACUGCAUGUGGGUGUGUUUCCUGAGUGUUGACGUAUUUCCCUUAAAGUUGCAUUGCAGGAAUUUGAUUUCCUUUAUACUUACAUUAUAACAAAUCAUAAAUGCUAAUAUUUUCUCAAAUCCUAAGACUAAUUUAUCUUUACAUUCCACUAAAAUCUAUUGUAUUUUUAAUAUCCUAUAACUUUCUUGAAGGAUUUGUUAAGGUGCUUUUUAAAAUUCAAAGACUGAUGAGAUUGAAUGUCUUAAUGUCUUUUUUUUAUAUCUUUUUAUUUUAAAUUUUACUCUGGGUAUUGCAAGACCCAUUUAGAAAAGCAGAAAAUCACAGGAUAAGAUGAAAGUUACUAAAUGUUGGAUUAACUUCUUGUAAUUUUAAAAAUGAUUUUCCUCAUGAUGUGCUGUGGAGAAUGGUGCAGGUAUUCUGAAUGUUUUGAUUAAACUGAAUGCUAUUGAUUACAUUUCCUGUUAAUGCAAUCCAAUUACUGUACCAUGGCUUCAAAUGUUAAUAUGCAAUCUUCUAUUAAAUGGAUAGCAAGCAA